GGUUUCAAAUGCAUUAAAAGGACGGGAAUCAACGAAAGUAGAAAUAUUCGGUAUGGAAGGAAUCCCCCAAGCUGAUAUGAUAGCUCAUAUGCGUGCAAUUGAAAAUAAUCAGCCAUCAAAGAGAGUUAAAGUUGAAGAACCUAUGGAACUUUCUAGUGAGGAAAUUAAAAAGCGACUUGCACAACAUCAAGCGAUGAUGAAAAUUAAUUCAAAAGAUGGCCAAUCUUUCCUUCAUUCUGGUUAUACUGUACAACAACAUAUGGCAUCGUUGAUACCUCACCAGUAUAGUAAAUUUUAUCAAAGUCCUGGUGUUACUUCAGCUCAAAUAUAUUUACCUGAUUCUCCAUACCAACCGGGUAAAGUUCCUGGACAAUCUCUACCAUGGAGUCUUCCAGUAUCAGGUGUCAGUCAACCACCAUAUAGAAGACAGAUUCAAUCAACUACAAUGAGACAAUCAGCGGUCUAUCCACUUCUUUUGGUUAAUAAUAUUGCACCUGCAUCUCAAAUUUACUCACAAGUUCCAGAUUCUGGAAUGUCUUCAUCAGGUCAGCCAUCAUAUGCUCCUUACGCUGCAAAUACUGUCAUGACGACAUAUCCACAAAUCGCUCCUUCUUCUGCGGUUCUUUCCGAUAGAGAAAUGACUAUAAAUGAAAUUGCAAUGAACAACGCAGCACAUUCAAACUCCCAACCGACGGCUCAAAAAAAAGUGCUCAAAUUCAGAUUGGUUUACAAUGAUAAUGAAGUUUCGAUG